GCGUGGCGGUAAUGGGCGAUACGCUCAGCACCCAGCAGCAGGCCGAGCUGCUGGCGGAGUAUAGCGCCAUCGGUCGGCCUGGCGGUGGAAUCGACGCCGAGAAGGCGUCAGCCCAGCUGCUCCUGGCGGGCCACGACCCGUGCGGCCAUGACUCUCUCCCGCACGGCCUGAGCGGGCUCGAGGUCUCGCUGCUGGUGGAGGUGACCCGGCAGCUGUCGCAGCGAGAGGGACACGCGGUGCUGCUGAGCGACAUGGGGGCCAUGCUCCCCAAGGAGAUCCGGACCAGCAUCAAGGAGAAGGGUGGACUACGGAGCCAGAUCCAAAAGUACCCGCGCCUAUUCCAGGUGUUCGGCAUGCCAGGCAAGGAGCGGGUGCGCCUCCUGCACGGCGGCCCGGGCGGAGAUCGCAAGGACGCCGAAGGCCUUGCGGCCGAGCUCAUGCCCGACAGCCAGCCGCAGCCGACAGAGGCGGAGCGCCGUGCCGCCGAGGAGGCCGCGAGGCACCAGCACGAAGAAGAGGCCCUGAGGCACCAGGCGGAGAACGCUUCUGCUGUGCAGCUGCGCGGGUUGCCGUACAAGGCCUCCGUGCCGUUGAUCAAGGCAGAUUGA